GAGAAGUCGAGGAACUGAGGUUCGGGCCAAAACGGCGAAGUUGAGAAGAGCCAGGGCGCUAGUCCGCAUCGGGCCAGCCUGCGAAAAGCCCGACAUCAUCUAAGCUCCUCUUUGCAACACCUCCUGCUCUGCUAACUCUCCCUCCCAUAUCUUCCCCGCCCACCUCCCCUCAUCAACGUCCUCUUCUCCUUCUCUCACAAUGGCUGCCAACGGUUCUACCCGGCUCAUGCGCUGGGCUGUCGGCCUGUUCGCCGGUGCCUACGCCGUCGACGCCUCCAUCUACGACGUCCGUGGUGGUAGCCGCGCCGUCAUCUUCGACCGCUUGUCCGGUGUGCAGGACAAGGUGGCCAACGAGGGCACCCACUUCCUGAUCCCCUGGCUGCAGCGGUCCAUUAUCUACGACGUCCGCACCAAGCCUCGCAACAUCUCCACCACUACCGGCAGUAAGGAUUUGCAGAUGGUCAGCUUGACCCUGCGAGUGCUACACCGUCCGGAUGUCCCGAAGCUGCCGAUUAUCUACCAGGUAUGUCCUUCCUCUCUCUCGCUCAUCCAAUCAUCCUUCCGGUCACCUCUGUGCUCGCCUCUAGCUGCUUCCUUUCUUCCGCAAGUUUGAUCCGGCUAAUGAAUCGUGGGGCAAAUAGAACUACGGCACCGACUACGAC